AUGACGCGACGCAUGCAACUAAUCGCCGUGUGGUUGGGCCUCUUGGCCACAACUUCCUUAGCGCAGACGCAACAGGAAUCCUCAGCCAAAUGGUCGAGACAGCUGGAAUCUGUGGGUGCAUCCGAUGUGGAUUCGUUGGAUUGGGUGCCUUUGGCACAGCCGCUGGAUGAGAGCGGCAAGGAUCGGUCUGGCAAUGGACGGGUUUUGACCUACUCGCAAUCCUUUCCGCCCAGUGCACGCUUCGGGGAUCUCAGCAAGCCGACGGGCUCGCAGUUCGAUUAUCCGUAUCAGUUCCAGCGUUUUCCAAAUGGCGCACCACAGGCGUUGCCACUGCGCCACCAGGGACCACCGCCACCACUGAAGAGCGGUGGCUCACAGGAGCCCACCUCGCAGUCGUUCUUCAAGUUCGAGAUGCCCUUCCACAAUGAGGCUGGACACGCUCAGUCUCCGCCCACGCUGCAGACUGGCUAUCAGAUUCAGCAUUCCUUUGGCUCAGGCGGCGUUGCACCUUCCUCCAUCUUCACGCCCCCCUCGCUCUUUGGCCAGCAGCCUCAACAGUUCUCCGAGUUCCAAACGCUGCCGCAGAAACCAUUUGGCCAGGCCUUGAGCAAACCAUUGCACCAACAGAACUAUAUUCAGGACACGUUGUCGAUUAAGAACCAUGGCAAGCCCUUGCCCACACAGGCAUCCCUGCAGAGUGUUACGCCUCAAGUCUUUCCAGUGGAUCCCGAGCCGGAAACUGUGUUUGGCUUGAACAAAGCAUCAGCUUCUGCUGGAGCAGCAGCGUCAUCCGCCGGGGGUAAUCCACAGCAGGAGGUGCAGCUGCUCUAUGUGCCCUACGACACGCUCUAUAACCAACAAAGACAACCGCAGGGCUCCUCCUCCUCCUCCUCCUCCAGCCUGGGAUCAAGCAGCAACUUUGAAGUGAACAAAUUCAAUCUCAAUGCUGGGCUACCCGCUGUUAAUCCGUAUCAGAUCAAUCAGUUCUACACGCCCGAUCCCAGCGGAGGCGGCGACUUCUUCAGCUCCGGCACCACCACACGUCCCAGCAGCACCACAUCUCAACCGCAGCACAUAUUCCAGAGUUUCGGACAACCACAACCGCAACCACAACCGCAAGCGCAAGCGCAAGUACAGCCACAAUACACGACGGCCAAGCCGAAGCCCAAGGCUCAUCAGCCACCAUUGGCCAUGUUCCUGCUGCGUCCCAAUGCGCGACCCACCCAAUCCGAUGUGGUUACCGCACUGCGCAGUGCCCACACCAUCUCGGUGAUCGAUGCACCCACGAAGCGGACACCAGAGAUCUUUGUCGGACCCGCUGGCAUGCCCAUACCCGAGGGCUAUGUCAAGUUUGAUCUGCCCUAUUUGUCACAGCUGACCCACUCGCGUGACCUCAACGACGUGUCCUUCUUUGUGGCACCACUCAGCUAUCGCACGCCCAACGGCUUCAACAAGAUUCUUUUGCCCGAGCCACAUGUGGGCUCCAUAGUGAUUAAUCGUGCCAAGGACAGUGCUGCCAUCCAGGAGCUGGUGCAACCACAGCAACCACAAUCUCACCCUGUCCGCUCACAGCGUCCAGGCACCACUCGCAAUCCCUUCGAGACAUCGACACAGGCGCAACGGGUUACCACCAGUCCAGCGCCCACUCGGGGUAACAAGUUCAGCUAUUACUAUGUCCAGGAUGGCAUUCAGGAGGUCAGCCCACCCAAGUUGCCCGCCAAGCAGGAGCGGCACAAGAAGAAGCGUCCACAGCAAGUGCCCGUUGAGCAGCCUGUCUAUCGUGCUCCCGCUAAGACUCAGAAUCCCUUCGACACACUCAAUCAAAUUGGCGGUGAUGACUUCUUUAAGUCCCUGAGCAGCAAACCCAGCUCUCCAACCGCAACAUCCACUUCCACAUCCAGCUCCACUUCCACUUCCACCUCCACCACAACUUCGUCAACCACAUCGACAACAGCGACGCCCCAAACUCUCUUCACGUACGGCUCCCGUCCACAGGUAGAGUUCCCCAGCUCCAAUGGCCAGCUCUAUCCCCAGUUUGACCCUGCACCACAACAGCAACAAGUUGAGGAGCAACUGCCACGCCUCACCACACGCCCGCCCACGGCAACCACCGUGGAGGAGGAGCAGCGCAUGAAGCAAUACUUCCGCCAGCAGGAUGCCUUCCGACAGCGUCCACAAACCACGAAUCCACCCUUUGAGCAGGUUCAAUACACACCCACCUCCAUAGACUUUGAUGUGGUGCAGCCAACCACACAGAAGACAAAGCAACGAGUGACGAUCUAUACACCAGGAGCAGUACCCGUAACCACCUCCGAUGUGGGCUACAAUGUGGAUCCGCAGGCACAGGCACCACUGAACCACCGACCGAGCUACAACCAGAACGAGGUCAUCGAUAGUGCGAAUGUGGAGUACGAGCCGAAUCCCUAUCACAUACCAUCAGAGUUGCCUGCCUUAACUCCGGAUAUUCCCGGGCUGGUCAACAAUCUGCAGGAGAAGGACAAACUUCCCGCGACAACGACACCACUCAAUGAGCCGGAGCCACUGCCAGAAACACGGCCCACUCGUCGUCCCGCUUUGCGUACAAGGAAACCAGCAACAUCCAAGGUGGUGACCACCUCAUCAGUGUCCUACUCCGAGUCGGAAAGCAAUGCCAAACUGCCGACUCAUCGCAUACGUCGUCCCUACGGCACGAGGGUCAACUCAGCAGCCGCCACUGGGAGCGGAGAUAGCGGUGGGGAAGAGACCGUCAGCACCACACGUCGUCCGGGAACUGUACGUAAUCCUCUACUGCGUAACCCAAAUCGCAUACGUUAUCAGCCCACGACAGAGGAGCGUCAGUCCCUAAAGAUAAAGCCCAAGAAGCACCACAAGGGCUCGAAGAAUGGCAAGCCCAGUGGGGAUGAGGACUUGGAAUAUCAACGUGAUGUCCUCAAGCAGAACUAUCCCGUGUUCAAGGCAGCUUCCAGACGUCCCACCAGCCCCACAGCCAUCCCCAGCUCCUAUGAUGUGGGCAACACUGAAGGACCCGCGUCGGAAACGCAACAGGUCUACACGGUUACCCCCAGCAAUAGCAUCGACAGUGCCGAUCAAAGUGUGUAUCCAGCGAAUCUGCUGGAGCCCAUGCAGAUUGCCCAGCACUACAACGAGUUCUCCAAGGAUAACUAUGGACCUGGGUACUUCCCCAACCAGGAGGAUCUCAAUCCCACAGAGGCAUUUGUGCGCAACGAAGUCAGCCCAAUUUUUACCACGUUAGCAACAACCACACCGCCAACCACAACGACUACAACAACAACCACAGUGAGAACAACCACCGAGGAGCCCGUCACAACAACCACACGUCGUUCUCCCUUCAUACGUCGCAACUAUCCGAGGGUACGCACCACAACAACGACGGAGCCUACGGUAACCACGACGACACCCUCAGAGGAGCGACCUUCCAUUCGCUCACGUCUUCCGCCCCGUCGUGUGGUCAAGGUUCGUCAGCGUCAGCGUCGUCCGUCGCAUCCGGCCUCGUCGACAGCCGCCCCCGAAGAGGAAUCGGAGCCCGUGACCCAGAGACAGAAUCUCCGCAAGCUGAGUCGCUACAAUCAGGAGCAGCCAGAGAAGGAACAGACACCAAGACGUCGCUAUAAGCAACCCUUCCAGCUGGAAGGCCAGGAGUCUCAAUGGUCACCCGCCUCGGAGACUGGCAACAGCAACACGAACAGUUUCAAGCCUUUGAAUCCCAAGUAUGCCACCAAAACAGAGAGCCACAGUUUCGAGAAUGAGCCCGACAUUGUUACGGCUGGACCAACGGAUCAACCGGAAACCUACGAGUUUAACGUAGCUGCCAAUCUCGGUGGAUCAGCGGGACAGCGCACCACACCUGCCCUCAAGGCACCCAACUUGAAACCGGAAAAGUCUUUUGCGGAGCUCCUGGAAGAGGUGAUGGGCAAGGCGCCCGAGGAGCUAGCCACAGAGACACCCACAAGCAGCACCAUGAGUCGCCUCAAUAGGCGGGGCAAGUGGAAGAAGACGCGACUCUCGAGUGGUGCAGACAACAAUGAGAACUUUGAAACUGCCGAAUCCCAAAAUCUGGGACCGCAGCUCAUCAACUCCUUGUACAGUGCCAGCGAGAAGACAGAGGAUGACCAGAAGACGACGACGACGACUCCAAUGACUCCAGCCACCGAGGCACAGACAACGGAGGCAAUAACCACAACAGCAGCACCACUGACAACCCCCGAGGAAUACGAGGUGACCACCGCCAAGACAGCCGAUAUCACAACGCUUGCCACAACCCUGGCGAUGAGUGAGGACAGUGCGACAAGGCGCAUGGACACGGCAGCGGAUGUGGACGGGGAUGUAGCUGCAGAUGAUCUGGAUACGCAGCCCAGCAUCUUCUCAGAGGUGCGACAGCAGCUCCACGAUCUCUUCGCCAUCGAUGAGAGCGAGGAUGAGGCGGUGACAGCUGCUCUGGCCGCCGUGGGCAAGCGGCGUCAGGAGUACACGAGCAUCAAGCGCCCAAAGUUGGCCACGCCCACAGAGAGCACAACGGAGGCGUCGAACGAUGGCCUGGCAGCGACAACAGUGGCAACACCUUCCGACAAGGACAACUUCCACAAGGAUCUGAUGGAGCAUGUGGUCUAUGCUACGUCCACUUCAACGAAAGUUACCUCCGAGACGGAGAUCUGUUAUCGAGGACGAUGCAUACGCUCCGAGGAUCUGCCCGCCAAUCACAAGCUGCACUGAGCUCCAGCGGAGCAAGAGCCACAGCCCGUACACCCCUCCUUCCUCCUCCCUCCUCUUCCCUUCCAUGUAAAUACAUAAGGGCAUCGAUACCAAGGGGCAGCGAGAUGUGUCCAAAUUUCUGUGCAACGUCAGCACAGCAGUUUCAGCACCUUCCCGUCUCCCAAUCCCCUUACCGUAUCCGCUUGUAAUUACUUAGCUUUAACUACGAAUAUGUUUAAAAGAGUAAGCGAGUAGAGAAAGAGAGUUAUACAAAUACAAAUACAAAUACAAUCUAUACACUUAAAUAAUCUUAUUCAAUAUUCGAUUCUUUCGAAAAUUUUUAGUAAAUUUACAAGUUAAAAUAGUAAACAGUUUAGUUUAGCAUUAACUUAAUUAAUAAUACCGCUUAGUGAGUCUAAGAUUUGUACAAUAAAAUAAUGAGAACUAACAAAUAAAUAAAGAAUCGAUAUCGUUAUACAUUAC